GACCCGAGCGGCGGCUCGCCGCUGCGCUUCACCCGCCUUCACGGCCUGAGGACAAACGUGGGAUGAUGUCGGAGGUGCGACACGACAGCACGAGCAGUUUACAGCGGAAGAAGCCACCAUGGUUAAAACUGGACAUCCCGGUGCCGGUGCCUGUGUCAGUGCCCGAAGAGCCCCAGCCUGUGCAGCCAACGAGACGUCAGGCCUUUCUGCGAAGCGUGAGCAUGCCCGCUGACAACAGCCGUGUGCCCUCCCUGCCUAAUGAAGUGAGGAGACCGGUGCUACAACGACAGACCUCAAUCACCCAGACCAUCAAGAGCAGACAGGUACGGUUUCAAAGGAGUCAGACCAUGCCCAUUCAUGGGCACCGGGUGGGCAGGAGUUCCCUGAGAAAGCGGCAGUCCCUGCCCCGAUCGUUUUUCAGAGGCACAGCGGACUGGUUUGGGGUGAGCAAAGACAGCGACGCUACUCAGAAAUGGCAGAGAAAGAGCCUCCGCCACUGCAGUCUGCGGUAUGGGAAGCUGAAACCUCAGGUCAUCCGGGAAAUGGACUUGCCCAGUCAGGACAAUAUUUCUCUAACAAGCACAGAGACUCCCCCUCCACUCUAUGUUGGGCCCUGCCAGCUGGGCAUGCAAAAGAUCAUAGACCCCUUGGCCCGUGGCCGAGCUUUCCGUAUGGCUGAUGACAAUGAUGGCUGCAGCAUCCCUCACACACCGAUCACGCCAGGUGCCACGUCACUCUGCUCCUUCACCAGCUCGCGCUCAGGGUUCAAUCGUCUCCCGCGACGGCGGAAACGGGAGUCUGUUGCCAAAAUGAGUUUCCGAGCAGCUGCGGCUUUGGUGAAGGGGCGCUCUGUGAAGGACAGCACCCUGAGGAGAGCUCAGCGGCGCAGCUUCACCCCAGCAAGUUUCCUAGAGGAGGACACGGUGGAUUUUCCAGAUGAGCUUGACACUUCUUUCUUCGCUCGGGAAGGAGUCCUUCAUGAGGAGCUCUCUACUUACCCGGAUGAAGUGUUCGAGUCGCCAUCAGAAGCUGCAAUCAAAGAUGCUGAGGUGAAGCCUCUGGAUCAGGCAGAUCUCACAGGAGGUGCCUUGGACAAAAAUGAGCUUGAAAGAAGCCACUUGCUACUACCACUGGAGCGAGGCUGGAGGAAGCAAAAGGAUGGGGCCCUGGCACAGCCCAAGGUCCGCUUGCGGCAGGAGGUGGUGAGUGUCAGCCCACAGAAGCGUGGCCAGCGCAUCGCCGUCCCCGUCAGGAAGCUCUUCGCCAAGGAGAAGAGGCCAUAUGGCCUGGGAAUGGUGGGGAAGCUGACAAACCGUACAUACCGCAAGCGCAUUGACAGCUAUGUCAAGCGGCAGAUUGAGGACAUGGAUGAUCACAGGCCUUUCUUCACUUACUGGGUCACCUUUGUGCAUUCACUCAUCACCAUCCUCGCUGUGUGCAUCUAUGGCAUCGCCCCUGUGGGGUUCUCACAACAUGAAACUGUUGAUUCAGUCUUGCGAAACAGAGGGGUUUAUGAAAAUGUCAAAUACGUUCAGCAGGAAAACUUCUGGAUCGGCCCCAGCUCAGAGGCCCUGAUCCACCUAGGGGCCAAGUUCUCACCGUGCAUGAGGCAGGACCAGCAAGUGCACAGCUUCAUCAGCGCCAAGCGGGAGAAGGAGAAGCACUCGGCUUGCUGUGUGCGGAAUGACAAGUCGGGCUGCGUGCAGACCUCGGAGGAGGAGUGCUCAUCCACGUUGGCCGUGUGGGUGAAGUGGCCCCACCACCCCAGCACACCAAUGCUGGCAGGAAGCAAGAGGCAAUUUGGGUCUGUUUGUCAUCAGGACCCCAGGGUGUGUGAGCAGCCAGCCUCGAUGGAGCCGCAUGAGUGGCCAGAUGACAUCACCAAAUGGCCGAUCUGCACAAAAAACAGCGCUGGGAAUUACACCAACCACCUUCACAUGGACUGCGUGAUUACAGGCCGGCCCUGCUGCAUUGGGACCAAAGGAAGGUGUGAAAUAACCUCCCGGGAGUAUUGUGAAUUUAUGCGGGGCUAUUUCCAUGAGGAGGCAACGCUCUGCUCUCAGGUACACUGCAUGGAUGAUGUCUGUGGACUUCUCCCUUUCCUAAAUCCAGAAGUCCCUGACCAGUUCUACCGCCUUUGGCUCUCGCUUUUCCUCCAUGCUGGGAUCCUGCACUGUCUGGUUUCAAUCUGUUUCCAAAUGACGAUCCUGCGGGACCUAGAGAAGCUGGCAGGAUGGCAUCGCAUCUCUAUCAUCUACCUGCUCAGUGGCAUCACUGGGAACCUUGCCAGUGCAAUAUUUCUACCCUACAGAGCAGAGGUUGGCCCUGCAGGAUCCCAGUUUGGGAUUCUGGCCUGUCUCUUUGUGGAGCUCUUCCAGAGUUGGCAAAUCCUGGCACGCCCAUGGAGGGCUUUCUUCAAGCUGCUGGCUGUGGUGCUCUUUCUUUUUGCCUUUGGCCUCCUGCCUUGGAUUGAUAAUUUUGCUCACAUUUCAGGAUUUAUCAGUGGUUUCUUCCUCUCCUUUGCCUUCCUGCCCUACAUUAGCUUUGGGAAGUUUGAUUUAUAUAGGAAGCGAUGCCAAAUUAUAGUUUUCCAGCUCAUCUUCAUUGCACUCUUCUCAGGACUUGUGAUUCUGUUCUAUUUCUACCCCAUCAAGUGCGAGUGGUGCGAGUUCCUUACUUGUAUACCAUUCACAGACAAAUUCUGCGAGAAAUAUGACCUGGAUGCACAGCUCCACUGAAAGGCAAAGACUGGCUUCUCGAGCAGGCACUGGAGAUGGACUGUCUUUGCGUUUGCUGUGCCAGUUCCCUGGGGACAAAGCCUCUAAUCCAAUGACACUUCUAACCCUGCCCGUGGUUAAUUUAAACUGUCUCCUUAGCACUUGGCAGGCAUGUUUUGCCUUAUCUCAGAAGACUCUGAAAAACGGAAUGUUUGUGCCUUGUUCAAUUGUAUUGAACCUCUUCUGCUGCCAUUAUUUUUAUUACACUAGUUUCAAUACUACAUUUUUAACCAGAGUUGUUUACUACUGCUAAGGUGGUGAUUAAACGGUAAGGUAGCGUUUUAGCUACUGUUAAUUGUUC